AUGGCCACUCCCGAUUGGAAAAAGACCCUUGGCUUCACAGAUCGAUUGUCUGCCAUUCAAUCGCUUACUACCGCUUACCAGCGAGCUUCUUCCUCUGCUGCGUUCGCUGAAGCUCAGUCUCAAGCGAAGCGCUUCGAGACCGAAGCUUACGAUCAAGCUGCAUCAAAGGAGGAAUAUGACAGGCUAUGUCAAGAAGCCAUUGACAAAGCAGAGUCUUCGGGAUCGGUUGCUCCCAUCAUCAGCAGCCCAGAUCAACCUCAGAACGACACCGACGAAUACCACUGGGAAGGGGGCCAAACCAUCGGCCCAUACCAAUCAUGUCUUCAUCACUUCGAUGGCCUUCAUUCCAUGAUCUACAAGUCCAAGAAUACCGACGGUAGCUUAGUGGCAGUCAAGGUCACUAUACCUCACAUGUUAACCCCACCACAUGAUGCUAAACGUGAGGUUCAACUUCUUCGUGAUGCGGCUAGUCCUCGCGUAGUGCCUUUGCUGGACACUUUCAGCCUAGACGAGGGGCGACUAAUCCUCGUGUUUCCUUUCAUGAGAUAUGAUCUGGAGCAACUACUUCGGCGAGAUGCGUUGACUGCGGCGCAGACCAAGUCUCAUCUGCGGGAUAUGUUCAGCGCAUUAGCACAUAUCCACAAGCUGGGAAUUAUACACCGAGAUAUCAAGCCUUCCAAUAUUCUGCUUGAUUCUCCUGAAGGACCGGCAUAUCUCGCAGACUUUGGGAUCACAUGGAAAGAAGGAAGCAAGGGAUCUGAGCCUGCGGAUCAAAAAAUCACAGAUGUUGGAACUACCUGUUACCGCCCCCCUGAGAUUCUAUUCGGCUUCAAGGCAUAUGGGACUGCUCUUGAUCUUUGGGCAGCCGGUUGUGUUGUUGCCGAAGCGGUGGCUGUUGGGCAUACGCAAUUAUUCGACUCGGGACCGGUGGGAAGCGACCUCUCACUCAUCCAGUCAAUCUUCACGACCCUGGGGACACCGGAUGAAAAGACAUGGCCUGAGACGCAGAGUCUACCCGACUGGGGGAAGGUAGAAUUCUACAAGUACCCUGCUAAACAAUGGGACGAAAUCCUUAGAGGGGCUUCUACCAAAGCCCGUAGCCUUGUCAGCGAACUGGUGCGCUAUGAGAGCGGUCAGCGGUUGUCCGCAGAAGAGGCCUUGAAACACCCUUAUUUCUCGAGUUCCUAA